UAUGGAUCGGCGUUAUUCUCUGGAAAGCAUGUGAUUGAUACGAUCUUAUUUGCGCUGCAAAUCAUUCUCAGUUACGUUCUUAUGCUGGUGUUCAUGACAUUCUCAAUUUGGUUGGGCAUUGCCGUGACGCUUGGGGUCGCCUUUGGGUACUAUAUAUUCGGUUACAGAUCUCCAGCUGCUAAACAAAUACGUGAGAAAACCUCUACACAGUUACCGUAA